AUGGCGGCAAAACGAGCAGAUGAGUUACGCAUCGACAUCGCCUCUUUGCCUGACAUGGCACAGGCUGAGAUGGAUUUUCGCGACACCUCAUUUUUCCGAUCGGGGGAUCCCUCGUUACAGCUGCCAUCACCUUCAUCCAUCAUCCAACAAUUUGGUGACCAAGGAGCCUGCGUCGUGAAGCUUGAACACCUGAAUCUCGCUGUCAAGAUUGGUCACUCCGAUUAUCUACGGCUAGAGGAAGUAAAAACCAUGAGAGCCAUCAGACAGGUCUUUGCAGAUACUGAGGUACCUGUUCCUGAGGUGUUUGGAUGGAGAAAGUACGGCGACGACAACUUCAUCUACAUGAGCCUGAUGCCGGGGCAAACAUUGCGAGAAGUGUGGCCAACGCUCACCAGCGAUGACAAAACAUUAAUAUGUGUCGACUUGAACCGAAUUGUUAAAGAAUUAAGACGACUCGGUCAAGGCUCUUCAAGUCGCUCUAUUGGUAUAUACCCCCAAACAUUUUUCUACAUGGCGCGCGCUGACCACGAUUUAGCAUCCAUCAACGGAGGAACUGUGCAAGAUAAGUUCUUUAAGCUUGAUUACGAAGAGGGUCCAUUUCAGACUAUAAAGUCAUUCAACGACUGGUUGCUUGCUGCUGCGACUCGUCAAAGGCCUGGGCCGAACGGCGUGACAGGGCCAUAUCGAGAAUAUCUGCCCGACACGGGGGAAAUAUAUUUCACUCAUGGGGACCUUACGCUUGGAAAUAUCAUCAUAUCCGACGGACCUGGGCCUCGACGAAUUGCAGGUAUUAUUGAUUGGGAGCAAGCUGGCUGGUACCCAGAGUAUUGGGAGUAUUGUAAGCUGCUGUACGGAGUUGAGUACCAACAUGAGUGGCGUAGUGAUGGAUGGGCCGACAAAAUCAUGAGACCGUUUGAAACCGAGUGGGACGUAUUCGCCGAGUAUGCAUUGUGGCGGUGUCAUGUUGAAGCAUGCCUGCGUAGGCGACCAUCUCUUCAGCAGAACAGCAACUGGCUUGCGUCAGUUAAGCCUAGUGGUCUGGCUCAGACAUUGGAAUUGUCCUCUCGAAGAAGACUAGACAUGAAUGACUCUGUAGCAGCCCUCGACACCGACUCCAAUACAACGACCGUGGUGUUCGUAUCACACGGUCCUGACGACCGGCAGCCAAAAUACAACGCGGCGGUCCUUGCGUCCUUUCCAUCAGGCCAUGCCUAG